AUGACCUCGAGAUUCCCAAGCUCUCGCCCCCUGGGCCAAAAUGGACCCGUCGUGCCAGCUAUGGGCUUUGGCUUGAUGAUGAUGACCUCGCCAAGCUAUGGUGUCUUGCCUACAGACGACGAACGGUUCGCCCUCCUUGACCGCGCAGUUGAGAUCGGAGCAACCUUCUGGGAUACUUCUGAUCUCUACGGCGACAACGAGGAACUGUUAGCCAAAUGGUUUAAGAAAACCGGAAAGCGAGAUCAUAUCUUCCUUGCAUCUAAGUUUGGAUACGUGCGAGGAAGCAAGACUCUGGAGAUCGAUUCCUCAGCUCAGUACUGCAAGAAAGCUUGCGAUGUGACCCUGAAAGCUUUGGGUAUUGAGUGCAUUGACCUCUACUAUGCACACAAUGUUGAUACGGUAACACCAAUCGAAGAAACCAUGCGAGCUCUUGUGGAACUACGAAAUGAAGGCAAAAUCAAGCACAUCGGACUAUCAAUGGUAUCGUCCAGCACCCUUCGACGAGCGAGCAAGGUUGCAGCUGUUACUGCAUACCAGCCGGGGUAUUCUCUCUUUGAUCGCGAUAUUGAGGGCCCCGAUGGGACUGAUGCUCUCGCUACAUGCCGCGAACUUGGAAUUGCUAUCGUCGCAGCGACACCUUUGAGUAGAGGUUUACUCACCUCAACCUUCAGUGGCGGAGAUCCCGUCGGCAGUACCGAUAGCCGAAGAAUGAUGCCGCGGUUUCAGGAUGGUCAGCGAGAGUUUAAUGUUAAAGUGGCGGAACAAAUCAAGGCUGUUGCCGAUAAGAAAGGUUGCACCUUGUCUCAACUGGCUCUCGCCUGGCUUUUGAAGCAGGGCAAUGAUAUAUUUCCGAUUCCUGGUACCAGAAGGAUCAAAUACCUAGAAGAGAACUGGCGUGCUCUUGAAAUCUCGCUGACUGACGAAGAGGAAGCGAGUAUCAGAGCGAUCAUUGAGAAGACCCCUGUUGCUGGUGGUAGCGUUCCUCCACAAUUCACUGCGCUCAUAUUUCGGGACACCGAAGAGGAAUAA